UGCCUUUCCGAGAUCACACUCCAGUUUGCACAGAACCACCAGCAUGACUACUGAACAACCCCCAUCACCAGCCACCUCAACAAACAAGGUGGGAGAUAUUCAAGUCCAAGUACGGUUCCGCACCCGCCAACAACAGCAUGCCGUUACCGAUACAGCAAUCCUUGUUCCUGCUCGUCUGAGACGCUACGGUCUCUCCGAAAUUAUUAACCAUCUUCUCGGACGAACGGCAACAGACACCGAGUCCGACGAGACCACACUUAAGCCUAUUCCCUUCAAUUUUCUGAUCGACGGAAAAUUCCUUCAAACGAGUCUUAAAACAUACUUGGACAAUCACGGCCUCUCAACUGAAAACAUUGUCGAACUGGAAUAUGUGGAAGCAACACUACCACCCUCCCCAGCGGCAGCAUUUGAGCACGAUGAAUGGAUUUCCAGCGUCCGCGGACAUAGUUCUGGGCUAGUAUUGACGGGUUGCUUUGAUACCUUGGGUAGGGUGUGGGAUCGGUCAGGAGUUUGUAAGGCAGUUUUGAAGGGGCAUUCGGGCCCGAUUAAGUCUGUAUCAUGGAUUCCUGAGUCUUCUAUUGCGGAGCGAUAUCGAUUUGUUACGGGGGGGCAGGAUGCUAAAGUGUUUGGUUGGGAGUACGAUGCUGAAGGAAACAAGUCGAGAAUACUGUAUGAAUGUGUGGGGCAUACUGGAAGUGUGGAGGGGGUGGCGUGCAGUCCGGAUGGAAAGGAAUUGGCGACUGUAUCAUGGGAUGGAUGUGUCUUGCUCUGGAAUACGGAUCCGAACGAUGUUGAGGAAGCAGAGGACGAUAAUGGUGGCGAAUCGCGGAAGCGAAGAAAACUCAAAUCAGACCAAGGUGCCGAUUCAUCUGUCAUUCCACUCAAGCGUGCUCAAAAGCGUCUCACCGGCCACGUGGGUCCCAUUUCUUGCGUUACUUUUGCACCGACAAACUCGGCCAUGUUGGUCACAGGCGGAUGGGACCACACCGUGCGUGCAUGGGAUGUAGAGCAAAGUACAAACACAGUUACCAGAAAUUGCGAAAAAGUCGUUUUAGGCAUGGAUUACUCUGGUGAGAAUGGGUUGAUUGUUACGGGGCAUUCGGAUGGAGUUCUUCGAUUGUGGGAUUUGAGAGCUCAGGAAGGCCAGACGGUUAAACUCCACCUCUCUUCUCACACCAACUGGGUCUCCUCCGUCCGAUGGUCGUCAACAAACUCUUACACCUUUGUCAGCGGGUCAUAUGACUCGACUAUAAAAGUAUGGGAUAUACGGAGUACGACGCCAAUGUACACGUUAGCGGGCGGGGACAAAACUAAAGAGCAAAAGGUUUUUGGAGUAGAUUGGGUGGGAGAGUACAUUUUUAGCGGGGGAGAGGAUGCUUUGUUGAGAAGUUUUGCCGCCAAAGUUUAAUGCGAUACAUAUUAGCGAUAAUCUGUAUCUUUUUUGUAUAAAAUAUCUAGAGAUGGUGUAUAGUAGGUGAUAAGGGCCGUUUCAGCACUAGAGCAAAUACUGAAUACAGAAUGUUCUAGCCAUGGGCUACUGUA